AUGGCGCCUGCACGCGUACUCUAUGCCAUUACCACCUGGGUAUGGGAUGACGAUGAAAGCCAAGAGGGUCUACAAGAGCCAGAGGUCUACGACAACAAAGACGCGGCCAACAAUGCAGCAGAAAAGCUCAUGAGACGUCUCGCCGAUCGACUAAACCCCCUGGGUGACCGGGACGAAUGGAACUUUGAAGACAAUCUCGAUGACGAGGGCUUGUACAGAGGUCAGCUGGAGGGUGGUCCGCACGGCCAUGUCGCAGUCGAAAUGUGCAUCUACAAGCUCGCCCUGAACAAGGCCAGCACGCGAGAGACGGCCAAGCGGCCCCUCGACCACGCCAAGCACGCAUGGGCAGAUGAGGACGGCGAGGACGACGACGAUGGGGAUGAGGAUGAGGACGACGACGAGGAAGAAGUGCCCGUGAAGCCCGAGAAGAAGAAGAAGACGGCCAAGCCGACGGCGGGGGUGCCCCCGAAAAGGGUCAAGGUCAACAGCAUCAAGGCAGCCCUCAACCCAUCCACCAGCCGCAAGACCAUCCCCAAGGGCAAGCCCAACUGCCUCGCGGGCGUCAAGCUGCUCUUCACGGGCACGUUCCACACCAUGGACCGCGCGACGUCGAUUGCGACGGCGAAAAAGUACGGCGGCGACGUGGUGAGCAAGCUGGAAGACACCGACUACAUUGUGCUCGGCGACCGCGCGGGGCCCAAGAAGCUGCAGGUGAUUGACGAGCUGGAGCUCGAGACGAUUACCGAGGAGGAGUUUUUCGGGAUAUUGGAGGAGGGCGGCGUGGGGGAGGCGAAGCGCGAGCGCAUGGCGAACAAGAGGAGGGCGGACGAGGAGGAGCGGCCGGAGGACAAGCGGCCGGCCAAGGUGGCGAGAACGGCAAAGGGACGGGGGAAGAAGAGCAAGUAA